AUGCUAGCAGUAUCCCGUUUCACGCGAGUGAGGGACGGGAUUCGAAGUUCUCUCCUACGUCAACGAUCGAAGAUUAGAGACGCCGCCGCGUUUGCCAAGGAAAGUAAAAUAAGGUGGGCCGGACACGUGAUGCGCUUUAACGACAGUCGUUGGACCAGAGCCGUGAGCGACUGGGUUCCCCGCGAUAUUAAGCGCACUACGGGAAGACCGCCGACCCGAUGGUCAGAUUUCUUCACGAAGUCCUUCAAAGAAAAUUAUGAUGCUCUUCGUGUCCCACGCGAAAGGAGGAACCACGCGGCACGCGAUCAGGACAAAUGGAAGAAUUACUGGCGCCCGCUCGACCAGUUCAAAGAUCAACGGAAGUCAAGUGCGCUUGAACUUAUCUUCACACCUAAAACGUUUCACAUAGCAUUAAUCCAAAAUCACACCCCUCAGGGGCAGUUUGUGACAGGAGAGAGAGCAAAGAGCUAA